ACCAAAAAAAAAAAAUUGUUUUAUAAUUACGUCAUUUUAUGGAUUAGUUCAGAGAAAGAGACUUGAUCGAGAAGAUUUUUGAGAUGUUUGGCUUCUUUUUGAACUUAAACUUUCCGAGACGAUUACCACCAUACAAUCAUCAUGUAAUUUUUUUUUGUUCGCAGGAUACUGUAAAUCACUUCUUGAAACAUCAAUUUAUCAUUUCACUUCCAUAUCAAAACUCUUAAUUUUGGAGUUCUUUUGGGCAAAUGACAAAAAUACAUUUUGUCACAGAAAAUUAUUUACUUCAUCAUUAAACCGGUUGGUGAAGUGAAAACGACGCCGUUUUAGUACUUUGGGCUUUUUAACUUACUAAAGCCGUUGAACAGAGAAGAAAAUCUGUUGCUAAUUUCGCCAUCCUUGAACGGCCAAGAUUUUAAGAGAUGAGCAAGAAAAACCUGGCGAUUCUGUUGCGCGCUAGGAUGAGAUCGUCUAACCAUUCCGCCAAAUCGUCCCUUUCUCAGUUUACUAAAGAGAUCCCAUCCAAUCCUCAAGAGAAUCAUUCUGGAGAUCACAUAGUGAGAAACUCUAGUGAGCUUGAUACCAUAGGAAGGGUAUAUGAUGUAGUUCGUGAAACAAUGCACUCAGCUAUCUCUGCUACUAAAACCGGUGGCUCAGACAUUACUCUUAAUGACUUUGAAGAGGGAUACUUUAGCCUCUCCCUUGAAGACCGUGGGAAACUACUUCUUGCCUUAGCCAAAGAAUACGAUGUCAACAGAGAACAAGUCCGAGAACUCAUUAAGCAAUAUCUUGGACUUGAAACCCCACUAGCAAGUGAUGAUGAUGCAGAGCUUCAUUCUUCUCCAAAGAAGGAGGCUUCAUCUUCUGUUUUCUAUCGCGUUGAGUGGAGUCUGAGACAUGCUCUCAAGCCAACGUAUGAAACUUUCUUUGAGAGGUUGAAUACUCAUCCUGGAGGGUUGCGGUUUCUCUCCAUCCUCCGUGCUGAUCUUCUCUCCAUACUCACGAAAGAUAACAUGCCCUCUUUGCGAGCAUUAGAUUCAUAUCUAAAGGAGAAACUAGGGAUGUGGCUUAGUCCUGCUACUUUAGAGCUUCAUCAGAUCACUUGGGAUGAUCCUGCUUCCUUGCUUGAGAAAAUUGUUGCUUAUGAGGCGGUGCAUCCAAUCAGCAACCUCUUGGAUCUCAAAAGAAGAUUGGGAAUAGGUCGUCGAUGCUUUGGUUAUUUUCAUCCAUCUAUCCCUGGUGAACCUCUUAUUUUCAUCGAAGUUGCUCUUAUGGAAACUGUUGCUCAGACAAUUCAGGAAGUUUUGUGGGACAAUCCACCAAUACCAGAGAACCAAGCAACAUGCGCUUUGUUUUACUCCAUUUCUUCAACUCAGCCUGGCUUGGCUGGGAUAAACCUAGGUAAAUUUCUGAUCAAACGAGUGAUUACAUUGGUGAAGAAAGAAAUGCCACAUGUUUCUACAUUUGCAACACUAAGCCCCAUCCCUGGAUACAUGCAAUGGCUCCUCUCGAAGCUAUCAUCUCAGUCAAGAUUUGCUGAAGAAGAGCGCGAUGGUACACAGAGCAAUCCAUCUUCAUCUACUUUCAGCGAGAAAGUAUUACUACCAGAAGAGGAACAAGCCCUCAUGAGUCUAUCAGAUGAUUCUUCUUCCGGUAGCAACGGCAUGGAAGUUCUGUUGAACUUGCUAUCAGCAAAGAACUGUGAUUGGGCUACUUCACCUCGUAUAUUACCAGUUUUAGAACCUAUUCUGAUGCGGUUGUGUGCUAGGUACCUCUUGCAGGAGAAGAAGAGAGGAAAAGCUUUAGACUCUGUUGCUAACUUCCACUUGCAAAAUGGAGCGAUGGUUGAAAGAAUAAAUUGGAUGGCGGAUAGAUCAGAGAAAGGUAUUCAUCAAAGUGGAGGCAUUAUGGUUAACUAUGUCUACAGGUUAGAGAAUAUUGAAGACUUUGCUCAAUCAUAUUUUGGGUCGGGACAAAUCCAUGCCUCUCCUGCGAGAAUACAGAGGCCAUUGAGGAAGAUUUGGUGGUUGCUGAUAUUCCCAAUUAACAAGCUAUUACGAGAAGCUGCAGCAAUCAAGAGAAUUUUUGUAACUGAGUUCAGUUCAGGUUUCACACCAUGGAAGAAUUACAGGGUGAUCCAGGGGCACUUGGGGUGGGUUAGAUCUGUUGCAUUUGAGCCAAGUAAUGAAUGGUUUUGCACUGGUUCAGCUGAUGGUACCAUUAAGGUAUGGGAUGUAGCGAGUGGAGUUCUGAAGCUCACACUUACUGGACAUAUUGGGCAAGUACGAGGCCUUGCUGUAAGCAACAAAGAUACCUCCUACAUGUUCUCUGCUGGUGAUGACAAGCAAGUAAAAUGCUGGGACCUUGAGCAGAAUAAGGUUAUCCGAUCAUGGCCAUCUUUCUGGCGUCUACUGUUUAGCUCUUCAUCCAACUCUCGACGUUUUACUAACCGGAGGGCGAGACUCUGUCUGCAGGGUGUGGGAUAUCCGUAAGAAGACGCAGAGUUUUGCACUCUCGGGACAUGACAAAGACGUUUGUUCCCUCUUCACCCCUCCAACCCACCCUCAAGUUGUUACCGGAUC